AUGCCAUCAGAACUAGAACGUGCCAUGGAGUCCAUGAUCACCGUGUUCCACAAGUAUGCUGCUAAGGAGGGCAGUGGCAACACUCUGAGCCGCCGUGAGCUUAGGGACCUGAUGGAGAACGAACUCUCUGGCUUCCUCAAGGUGGCCAUCUCUACUAUGUCUGUGUAUCAAAUGGCACCCUAUUCCCUAUAUAGUGCAUUACUUUUGACCAGGGCCUAUAGGGCUCUGGUUAAAAGUUGUGCACUGUUUAGGCAAUAGGAUGCCAUUUGGGAUGUAUAGUAUAUUAUCUCUAUUACUAUCUACUAUUAGCUGUAGUAGCACUCCCUGUUAAUUUGAUACAGAAAACAUGCACACUUUAUGAUUAGGGCCAGGAGUUUUUCCUGAUCACGUGACUUGACCAGGAAAAACUCAGGGGCUUAGGUAAUAGGGCCCAGAGUUUUCCUUGGUCAGGUGGUCCGCAAAAAAAAUUGCCCUACUUGUCAUGUAUCUGCCCAAUGAAGAGUAGCGACUUCAACUGUUGUCCCCUAUUACUGUUAGUGAAACUACAGUAUUUACAUUUAGUAGUAUUAAAACAUCCCUGUCUUCCUUUCAGUCUCAGAAGGACCCAGCCACAGUAGACAAGAUCAUGAAGGAUCUGGACUCUAAUGGUGAUGGAGAGGUGAACUUUGAGGAGUUUGUUUCUCUCGUUGUGGGUCUGUCCAUCGCCUGUGAACAGUGCUACCAGAUGCACAAGAAGAAGAUGGGG